AGUUUGAAUCACUCGCACGCUUGAGUGGCGUCGGCAAGCCGACUUCCACGCGCAGCGGGACGCCAGCAAAAAAAAAAAAAACGUCAGAGGAAGGGAGUCGAAAAUAGAUUUGUUGUUUUGGACUUCAUCCAGGUUGGAGAAUGCGGUGGCGUCUGGAGAGCUGAGGCAAACGGUCAGCAUGAUCUCCCACUACCCACUGGCCAUCAUCUUACCCUGGCCGCCGGUGACCGGCCACCACUGCCCCGACCUGGACUGCACCCUGCUGCUGGAGGGCGACGGAGGGGUGGCCCUGCAGAGGUACCAGGCUCGCUCCCCAGAGGGAAGCCCCCGACACUGGAGCUCCGUACAGGACUGGGGGGAGGAAGUGGAGGAAGGAGCCAUCUACAAUGUGACGCUAAAGCGGGUUCAGAUUCAACAGGCGGCCAACAAGGGCGCGAGAUGGCUGGGGGCGGAGGGCGACCGCUUGCCUCCCGGCCACACGGUGAGCCAGCUGGAGACCUGCAAGAUCCGAAGUAUCCGCGCCGGGACUCUGGAGCGUCUGGUGGAGACGCUACUGACGGCGUUCGGCGACAACGACCUCACGUACACGUCCAUCUUCCUGUCCACCUACCGAGCCUUCGCCAGCACGCGGACGGUACUGCAGCUGCUGCUUGACAGAUACGGAAGUGCAGACGAAAAUGAGCCAGGAGCCAAACAAGGCCAAGUGUCGGAAAGCAACGGAGCCAUCAGAAACGCCUUAGCCUCGAUCCUGCGUGCCUGGCUGGACCAGUGUCCUGAAGACUUCCAGGAGCCUCCGGACUACCCCUGCCUACACAGGCUGACGGACUACCUCCGCAGAGGCCUGCCCGGCUCUGAGGCCUCGCGACGGGCCGAGGGCCUGCUGGAGCAGCUGCGGGUCCGGGCCGGCGCGGACGAACCCGACGCUGGGUUCCAUGGGACCAGUUCCUACUGCCUGGGCGAGCAGGAUGAAGUCGACAUGGAGGUUCAGGAGGACUUCUUGUCGUUUCAGUCCGACCUGGUGGCCGAGCAGCUGACCUACAUGGACGCGCUGCUGUUCAAAAAAGUGGUGCCGCACCACUGCCUGGGCUCCAUCUGGUCCCAGAGGGACAAGAAGCGGAACAAGCACAGCGCCCCCACCGUCCGCGCCACCAUCACGCAGUUCAACGCCGUGGCGGCCUGCGUGGUCAGCACCGUGCUGAAGCGCCGACAGAUACGACCGCACGUCCGAGCGCGCGUCAUUCAGCGCUGGAUCGACAUCGCUCAGGAAUGUCGCAUACGUAAAAAUUUCUCCUCCCUGCGAGCCAUCGUGUCGGCGUUGCAGUCCAACCCGCUGUACAGGCUGAAGAGAGCGUGGAGCUGCGUACACAAAGACGGCACGCAGACCUUUGAGGAGCUGUCGGACAUCUUUUCCGAUCACAACAACUACCUGACCAGCAGAGAGCUGCUCAUGAGGGAAGGCACUUCAAAGUUUGCCAGUCUGGAGAGUUGCGCCAAGGAGCAUCAAAAACGCACCCACAAGAGACUUCGGCUGCAGAAGGAAAUGGGAGCCAUGCAAGGAACCAUACCUUACUUGGGGACCUUUCUGACCGACUUGACCAUGCUCGACACAGCACUUCCGGACCGAGUCGAGGGUGGUCUCAUCAACUUCGAGAAGCGACGAAGGGAGUUCGAGGUGAUCGCUCAGAUCAAGCUGCUGCAGUCGGCCUGUAACAGCUACUGCCUGAGCCCGGAUCAGGCGUUCCUGCGCUGGUUCAAGGGCCAGACUCUGCUCACUGAGGAGGAAAGUUACGCCCUGUCAUGUGAAAUCGAAGGCCUCGCCGAUAGCGGCCCGGCGUCACCCAAGCCCCGAAAAAGCAUGGUGAAGAGACUCAGCCUGCUGUUCCUGGGCGCAGACAGCGCCGCGUCCAGUUCUCCGGUGCGAGAGACGCCGCGCUCGCCCCCGACCGGCAGCUCGGGGGAGAGCAUGGACUCCGUCAGCGUGUCGUCCAGCGACUCCGGCAGCCCUUCAGAAUGCGAGGGGCUCACCCCCGCCCACGGCGCCGACGCCCAGCAGAACAAGCUCUCCGAAUCUUCCUCUUGCACUUCGCUGCAUUCCAUGGACACGGGCUCGUCCGGCACCAGCGUUUCCACGACGCCCGUGUCCCCCCCGCUCCCGGGACCCCCGUGCACCCACCGGCGCUCCGUGUCCCUCACGCCCGUGUCCCCCUCGUCCCCCGGCCAAACGCCGGCGUACAACACGCAGGCCCAGGACGCCUGCAUCGUCAGAGUCAGCCUGGAGCACGGCAACGGAAACCUCUACAAGAGCAUCCUGCUGACGAGUCAAGACAAGACGAGGGCGGUGAUUUCCCGAGCCAUGGCCAAGCACAACCUGGAGCGGGAGCCCGAGGACGGCUACGAGCUGGUGCAGGUCAUCUCUGACGAGCGAGAGUUGAUCAUCCCGGACAACGCCAACGUCUUCUACGCCAUGAACACGUCAGCCAACUUCGACUUCCUGCUGCGUGUGCGCGGCGGCGGCGUUCCGGUGCAGAUGCGGGUGCGCUGCAGCUCCACGCUGCCCCGAACGCACCACCACCGCUCCAGCCUGUCGCUCAGACUCAGCAAAGUCACACUGUGAACGCAACACUACUCUGGAGCGCAAAAUGGACGCCUGCAGGAAGAAGCCCCCAAAACAUUUGUUCGUAACAUAUCCGAAUCGUAAUGCUAUUUUUUUUCCACGAGGAGGACUGUGGCCAAAUUAAAAUGGCGACUGAAUGCUGUGACCGGUGACGUCUGCCAAGCAUCAGAGAGGAGGGAACAGCGACCCCCGGUGGCCUCCUGGCCUUACUACACAUGGGAUUUGCACAUGAAAAAAAGAAAAAACAAGGGAGCCUGUCCAAAGCUCCUCAGCGCCAACAACAGUAUUCUCUUAUCAUUAUUAUUGUUAUUAAUAAUAUUCUUAAUAUAGAUAAACCUGGAACCUACAACAGUCUUUAUGUGAGUAGGACUGUGUGUGUGUGCGUGUAAGAGAGCACAUGAGAGUGAGAGUAGCUGUGAGAGAGAGAUCUCGAGCCGCAUGACGGAUGCCUGGCGUGCAUUCUGAUUGGCUCGUCAGUGGCCUUGCUGUCAGAAUCGGAAUCUCGCUACGAAACGAACGGCACAGAGUUGCACUUGUCACUUGGCCCGAGACGCCAAUGGGAUGUAAAUACAGAACAUGAAAAUGGCAGUGUUGCUUUUUGUAUUUUAUGGGGUUGUUUUGUUUUGUAUUUGGAGGCUGCUGGAGGAUUUUAGUGUCAUUAAUUCAGGAAGAAAAAGUAGAGGGAAAAAAAAAUGAUGUGAUGCCUUUGCAAAACCUCCAGAGCAGCACUCGGCAAACUGUGACAGACGCACCGAGAAAAGAAUAAAAACAAGUCAAUAAUACAUAAAUAAAACAUUUGAAAAGUCAUUGUGAGGCCUGCGUGUGGGAAAUGUCAAGCUAUUUGCAAAUACAAUCAUUCUGACAUCAAAUCACCCAUAUUUUUGGAAAUAUCACUCCAAAAUGUCAGACUAUAACGGGGGGGGGGAGUUGCUACAACAACAACAACAACAAUGAUAUUAAACGUUUGAAUUUUUUUUUCCAGAAAUAUUUGCAUUAGUAUGAGGGGAAAAUCUUUGAGAACAAAACGUUUUAUCUUCAGAAAACGUUCCAUCAUGAGCCAUAAUUUUGCGAGAAUAACAUUUUAUUUCUCAUCCAAAACACGGGGAGAAAAUGUUGAAAUGUUGCAAGUCUGAUUUUUGCGGGGGGGAAAAAUUUGAGUCAUUUGAGACAAGACAUAAUGUUACAAUGAAAAAUAAUUUGAGAAAAAAAGAGUUUAAAAAAAAAUGAACGUCAUAAUAAUAACAUUUUAUUUCUUCAACAAAUGUCCAACUCGAAAAAAAAUCUGUUGUUAUUUUUUUAGGACAAUGUAUAUUUCUAAAAUAUACAUUAGUAAUAUUAUUAGAAAAAAAUCUAUAUUUUUUCUAAAGUCAUGAAUAAAGUCACAUCACUACGAUAAAAUCUAAGUGCAAAGUCAUAAUAUUACAGGCAUCAAAUCAAUUUUAAAAUUAGGAAACCGUAUGAUAUUACUCGACGAACAGUUGUAAUUUACAAGAAUUAAAAACGAAUUUCCAGAAAAAAAGUCAGAAUAUAUACCAAAGACAAAUUGUAUUCUGGACAAGAAGCUGCCUUUGAAAUGCUGGAGAACAAAACCACAUUUUUUUAUGUUGAAAAAUCAUUACAGAAAAAAAAGUGAGAAAAUGCCAUCGCGUUAUGAGAAAUAAAAGCUCAUUUUGGCUAAAUUUCGAGAUUUGUAUUAAAAAAACCAACUUUUUUUCAAGUUGCUACGUGUCACCGAAGCGCUGCUAUGGAGGAAAAACGUCAAGUGAAAGUCAUCCGUUUGAGCCUUUUUUCCUUUUGCUCUUUUUUCCGCCCGAUGACACAAACAUCAGGAACUUCAUUCUUUCAAGUCCUCAAUGAGAGCGCAAUGAAACAUUCUCGCGUCUGGUCAACUUCCCAUUGACUUCCGUGCAGCACUUGCACUCAAAAUUACUUUCUUCAUUACCAAAGAGUCUUCCUCCUCUACCUGAAUCAAUAAAUUAUUCAUUUAUCAUGA